AUGAAGGAUUCAUCACGUUGCAACCUGAGGAUCCAGUCCUUUGUGGAAAGCAAUUUCCAAUUUAAAGAUUGUCUCUGCAUUGAUGACCUCUAUUGUACUGUUAACAAAUUACUUGGAAAAAAAUGCAGCAAUGAAUCAGAUACCAUGAAAGAAGAUAACAAAUCCAAGUGGAAUCUAACUACUCUUCCAUAUCAUGGAAUCAAAGGGAUCCGAUCCUGUUUGGAAGCGGCAGAGGCGUGUGUAGGGGAUGUGGUCUGUAAUGCACAGUUGGCCCCUUACCUCAAGGCUUGCUCAGCAAAUGGAAAUCUGUGUGAUGUGAAACACUGCCAAGAAGCCAUACGGUUCUUCUAUCAAAAUAUGCCUUUUAACAUUGCCCAGAUGUUGGCUUUUUGUGACUGUGCUCAAUCUGAUAUACCUUGUCAGCAGUCCAAAGAAGCUCUUCACAGCAAGCCAUGUGCACUGAACAUAGUUCCACCCCCUACUUGCGUCAAUGUAAUUCACAGCUGCCGAAAUGAUGAAUUAUGCAGGAGGCGCUACAGAACAUUCCAGUCAAAAUGCUGGCAGCGUGUGACUAGAAAGUGCUACGAAGAUGAGACCUGCAUUAGUACUGUAAGCAAGCAGGACCUCACCUGCUCGGGAAGUGAUGACUGCAAAGAAGCUUACAUCGGUACCCUUGGGACGGUCCUUCAAGUGCAGUGCACCUGUAGGGCCAUUACACAAAGUGAAGAAUCUUUGUGCAAGGUUUUCCAGCAUAUGCUUCAUAGAAGAUCAUGUUUCAAUUAUCCGCUCCUGUCUAAUGUCAAAGGCAUUGCACUGCAUAAAAGAAAACAUGAAAAGGGAAUCACUCUAAGUGGAUUUCAUCCCCCCUUCAAUGGAGAAGUAAUCUAUGCUGUCAUGUGCAUGACAGUCACCUGUGGAAUCCUUCUCUUGGCUAUGUUCAAGCUGAGAACCUUCAGAAUAUCAAGUCAAACAAGAGAUCCUUCACCAAUGCAAAUACCUGGAGGACUCAGGAUUCACCAAGAGUCACGGACCAUUAACUUUCUUUAAAGCAAGUCUUGAUAGCCAGUCCAUGGAAUAUCUUAACUGUCAUCAAUAAGCAAAAUGUUAAGGUGGAUUUAAUGAUGUUGGGUCGUUAAGUGUAAUGAUGUAAGGUAUAAUAAUAUGGCCUGAUGUUAGAUUUAUUUUUUCUUAAGAAAAUAUUCAAGUAUAAAUAUAUGUAGUAUCUUUUAUGACACUGGUACAGAAUUACAGAAUUGCCUUGAAGGCAAAAAGUAUUAUCCUAAGUUACAGUCUGCAAGAUUUGUUUCAUGAUAAAUUUGAAUCCAUAUAAUAGUAAUUAGUUGCAUCAUAAUAUGACAAAUUAUAGUUAGCAGAGUUUUUUCUUCUGAUCAAUUUUAUAAAUUCCCAUUAACUUGCCAAAAGCAAACUGCUACUAAAAACAUCCAGUAUAUUUGUUAUUUGUAUAUCCAUUUUCAAAUCAUUAGCUACAUCAUUAGCAUUGACUUUAAGUUUCUAAAGAUAUUUGGUUAGAUGAUUAGUCUUAAAAAUUGCAAGUGGUAUCUUUGGAUUUUUGUGAUUUAAAUACUGUUGAACUUUACUUUUUUAACUUGAUGUCUUUAUUUCAUACUCCAAAAGAUGUAAGGCAACCGCAUUGGCUGAAAAAUCAAUGUGCACUUCAAUAAUGAUAUAUUUUAUUUGUUAAUUUAUUUUUUCUAUGCCAAUUAUUAUGAACUUCUGCAAUAAUAAAGUAACUUCAUAAUUGUUCCUUUCUGUAUUGUUUCUAUAUUGUUACUCUUGGCCUGAUUUGACAUCAGAGUAUAAUUGUGAUUAAAAAAUUGUGGAAAAGAUGUUUAUUAGUUAAGUUUUUGAUACAUAUAUGCUUUUCAACUGUCUUAGCAAUACCCAUUGCUAAGAAUAAAUAUGAGCUUAUUUUAUCUAUAGUGGCACAGAGGUGCAAAUAUUAAAUAACCUGAGCGUACUAAUAAUUAGUGAUAUAUUUACAAUUAAAGGUCAAACAUUUUUUACCUGUUUGGUCUCAUGUCUAUUGCUGUUCACUAUGCUUCAGAUCAAAUUGUCUCCACU